GCUGCGCAAGGCUGCUUGUUGUUCCCGCAGAGAGGCGAGAAGAUGGCGGCCGUGUCAAGCGGAGGUGCUGCUGGGUCCGCUGCGGCCGGGAUUACGCACUCUGCCCGACCGACCCACGCAGGCAUGGGCUCCCAGAACCGAGCCCAGCCACCCUCCGGUAUCAGCCACUCCGGUCGCACCAGCACGGCCCCCGGGUGCAUCACCAAUCCCGGCCACACUUCGGCCACCAGGCCCCCCCCAGCCCGAGUGGGCCACUACGAAAUCGAGCGGACCAUCGGCAAGGGAAAUUUCGCGGUUGUUAAACUAGCCACACACAUAAUUACCAAAGCAAAGGUGGCUAUAAAAAUAGUGGAUAAGACCCAGCUGGACGAUGAGAACCUGAAAAAGAUUUUCAGAGAGGUGCAAAUCAUGAAGUUGCUGAAGCACCCCCACAUCAUCCGCCUCUACCAGGUGAUGGAGACGGAGAGGAUGAUCUAUCUGGUAACAGAGUAUGCUAGCGGUGGAGAGAUCUUCGACCAUCUUGUGGCUCAUGGGCGAAUGGCUGAAAAAGACGCCAGGAAGAAGUUCAAACAGAUUGUGGCAGCUGUCCAUUUCUGCCACUGCCGCAGCAUCGUCCACAGAGACCUGAAGGCAGAGAAUCUCCUGCUGGACCACAACCUCAACAUCAAAAUAGCAGAUUUUGGCUUCAGUAACCUGUUUUCUCGAGGACAGCUGUUGAAGACGUGGUGCGGCAGCCCUCCCUACGCUGCACCAGAACUCUUUGAGGGCAAGGAGUAUGACGGACCCAAAGUAGAUAUAUGGAGCUUAGGGGUGGUGUUAUAUGUGUUGGUGUGCGGCGCCCUGCCUUUCGACGGCAGCACUCUACAAAAUUUGCGGGCACGUGUUCUCAGUGGCAAAUUCCGCAUCCCCUUCUUCAUGUCUACAGACUGUGAGUACUUGAUCAGACACAUGUUAGUGCUGGAGCCCAGCAGGCGGUUGACCAUGGAGCAGAUCUGUAAGAACAAGUGGAUGAGACUAGGAGACCCAGACCCAGACUUCGACAGGUUGAUAGCAGAGUGUGAGCAGGUGAAGACGGAGAGAGACACGGAGCUCAUCAAUGAGCAGGUGCUGAUAGCCAUGUGUGAGAUGGGCCUGGACCGAGAGCGCACACUUCAGUCCCUACAAACGGAUGCAUACGAUCACUACAGUGCCAUCUACAGUUUGCUGGCGGACCGCCUCAAGAAACACAAGACCCUGCGCGUGGCCCCGCCCACACCACGCUCCAUUAGCUAUCCUCUAAACGCCGUACAGACGGAUCCACAGGGUAAUCCCGUUAGCAUGACCGUUCCCCACGUCCAGCUCAUCAACCCAGAGAACCAGAUUGUUGAGCCGGAUGGCAACAUGGCACUGGACAGCGAUGAAGGGGAGGAACCGUCUCCUGAGGCCAUGGCGCGCUACCUUUCGAUGAGGCGGCACACUGUGGGAGUACCAGACCAAAGGACAGAGAUGCAGGAGGACCUCCAGCAACUGCCACCAGGGUUCCCCCGUGGGGCAGUGCCUCAGCCCCCCUUCCCCCCACUGGCCCCUCAAAUGAGCCAAAUGCACACUCUCAUGCCCACACAGAGCCUGCAGCCCACCCAGCAGCUGGAGUACAAGGAGCAGUCUCUGCUGCAGCCCCCCACCCUGCAGCUGCUCAACGGCAUGGGGCCUCUGGGUCGAAGAGCUUCCGACGGCGGGGCUAACAUUCAACUUCAUGCUCAGCUCCUCAAGAGGCCCCGGGGGCCCUCACCGCUUGUCGCCAGUCCGCACCCUAUCCCUGCUGUAGCUCCGGUGGAUGAGGAGGGUUCGGAUGGAGAGCCUGACCAAGAGGCCGUGCAGAGGUACCUGGCGAACCGCUCCAAGCGGCACACGACGCACGCGCUCAUGAGCACAUCGCAUGGCGAGCCCUCGGCAGAGUCACAGCGGCCCCAGGGCCCCCGCCAGAGGGGGGGCUGGGCCCUCGACACACACACCCGAUCAAGCUAUAAGGACUGUAACACCCUUCAUCUCCCCAUGGAGCGCUUCUCCCCUGUCAGGCGCUUUUCUGACGGCGCAGCCACCAUCCAAGCCUUCAAGGCUCAUCUAGAGAACAGCAGCAUCAUUAAGCAACUCAAACAGGAGUGUGAGCAGCUGCAGAAAAUGUAUGCUGCUCAGCAGGAUGAGCGACUCCUGGAGCACACCCAGCAACAGCAUAUCCUCUACCAGCACGAGCAACAAAUCCUCCACCAGCAAAUCCAGGGUCUGUCUUUAGGCCAUGGAGAGAGCCAGCCCAGUCAUCUAACCCACCAGCUCCAGAGGUUGCAUAUCCAGCCCUCCAGCCCUCCGCCAACACAUCCCAGCAACCACCUCUUCAGACAGCCCGACCAGAGCCCUCCGCCCGGCUCUGCAGGCAUGAUGCAAGGGCAUGUAUGUCCGUCACAAGUGCAGUACCAGCACGGUUCCCCAGCGAUGUACCAGGCCCAGAGUGGCAGCCCGCCCCCCACAGGCAUGUCUCGAGUCUCUAUACCAACCAAUCAACAAGCAGCCUCUGCCCGCCCCACCGUCCCAUUGGCACAGGGUGUACCUCAGCAACAGCAGGUGACCAUUCAGGUUCAGGAGGUGGAGCUGGGAGGUGUAGCACAGAGACAGGGCGGCUUUCUGACCACGCCUGGGCACAGAGUCCUCGGGAAGCAGCUUAGCGCAGACAACGCCGAGAUGCACAGUCGCAGCCUUGGCCGCUUCACAUCGGCCUAUGACCAGGCGCAGUUUAACCCCCACCUCUUCUCUGGCGACGCCAUGUCCCGGGGGGCCGCCUACGGCCACUACCUGCAGGGCACCUCCCUCACAGUCCCCGGCCUGGAGGAUUAUGGGGGAGUUGGGGCCGGCGGUUACGGCCCCCCCUCGACACUCCAGCAGGCCCUGCUCUCCCCGACUCCUUUGGACUACCGCCCCCCCCAACAGCACAUCACUCCCACCCUGCAGGGCCUUCUGUCCCCCCGCCACUCUCUAACAGGCCACUGCGACCCCAGGCUCCCCCCCCAGGACAUGGCUGCCCUGCUGAAGAGGCACAGCCCCCGGCCGUGCCAAGCGGCCCCCAGCCCACCCAGCGGGUCCCCUCAAGAGUACGGCGAGAUGCUGCUUCUCCGCCAGCUAAGCCAGGGUGAGACCUUGGAGCCGCAGGCACCGCAGGGGGCCCCUGGGGGCCAACACUACCACCACCUGCUCCAGAUUCGACCCCCAGAGGUGCAGCCGCAGCAGCACCCGGCCCAGGCACCCUGCCCCAGCUUACCCCACUCCGAGAGCAUGGAGGAGGACGAGGUGCCGGCGAGCUACCACCACCCACACGAGGGCCUGCUGGCCAAGGCAGGAGACGGUCAUGAGCUCCUGGGGCCGCCCCAAGGAGGCACCCCCCCCUACACCUCCCCUACACACAGCCAGGGUGGAUACAUAAGGAACGCUCCAGCAACUAGAGAAUCUGAACAUGUGGAGUGCAGGCCCCAGGGGCAGGCCAUGGAGGUGCCUGACCAUAAUGGUGUUGGUUAUUCGCGGGCUCCCCAGCCUGACACCUACAGGUCCCGUGGACAGCUGCAGCGCCACCACACCAUCCAGACCUGUGACGAUGCCUAUGAUCAGGUGGAGCCUAUGUCAGGGAUGAGCCUGUUGGCAGCUAAGCCGCUAAGCUCUGCUCGCAUGUCGGACAUCCUUUAGCCAGACGUCUCUGACAGGAACCAGCAACUGCCCGCCAGCGGGGAAGAGUCAGCGUGUAAUGUGGAAGAGGAGGCUCCUUGCCGGCAGCCUGCUACCCCUCCUCCUGCACAGUGACAUGCCUCCUCAGCUACAAGCCCGACCGCAGUACAGCAUGCGGAGCAGGCUGCGCGGUCUGAGCA